UCGGCCCAUAAAUAGCCCCGACCCACGAGUACAGUCUUCUCCUACACAUUGCACUCUACUCCGUAGCUGUUACCACAAAUGGCUUCAGGUUCAGCUGCACUACUCAAGGCAACCACGCUGCUCGCCGUCCUCGCCAUGUUAGUCCUCCCUUCCUCAGCACGCUGCCAGUCAUCACGAGCUUCAGCGCCAGCACCAGCACCAGCACCACCACCUCCCGCGCCAGCUCCGGCACCGGCGCCGGUGGGGUUACGAUGCAGAGACUGCCCGGCGUACUGCGCCGCUGCCGUGGCCGCCACGGCCUCGUGCGGCAAGUACUGCGACCCGCCGCCGAUCUGCGACUCCUGCAAGUCGAGGGCGCUCCAGGAGUGCACGGCGUGCUGCGGCACCGGCGGCGGCUGCAGCAGCACUACCGGAGGCGGAGGAGACUGCGGCGCGUGCGACUACUGCGGCAGCGGCGGGUGCGAUGGCCACGUGGAGAGCAGGUGCCGCCAGGGCGCCUGCUACGUGAACGAUGGGGCGUGCAAGGGCUGCAUCGACAUAGAGGAACAACAUUGCAUCGACUACUACUGCAACAGCCACUGCAUCCAGUAAAUGCAUGGAUCCAUCAAAGUAUCUGCAACAUGGGCGAUGUAUCUGGGUGAAAACCUCCAAAGAGUUUCAUGGUCAACCAGCAGAUGCUCCGUGCUCAACUGCAUACCCUGGAGGCCUGGCUAGCUAGCUAGCUAGGUACAUCUGGCACGUGUUUCAUGGUCAACUUGUCUGUAUGUUCAUGCAUCUAUGUAUGCAAUUAAUGUACUUCUGAGAUGCUGUGACACCGAAUUAAUAAAUUGGGGAAGUCGUUAAGUAUGAUAAA